AUGUACUCCAAGUCCUGGAUCCUCAACGCCCUCCCGGCCCCCCUGGUCCCCUACUGCGAGCUCACGCGCGUCGGCUACCUCCCAAUCGGCGUGCUAGUCUCGUACCUCCCCGUGCUCGUGUCAAUCCUGCACGUCGCCGCCGUCUCAGCGCUCCCGCAAGACCGUCUACUCGAUUCCUGCCUCCAAUGGCUGCCCCUCUGCUACGUGUACAGCGCCUACGGGUGCGUCGUCGACGACAUCGCAGACCAAGACCUCGACGCAAAGGUCGAGCGCUGCCAGCACCGCCCUCUCGUCCGCGGCGCCGUCACCACAAGCUCCGCGUCCCUCUUUGCCGCGGCCCUCGCCUCCCUCGCCGUCUUCCUGACGAGCGCUUUCUUCCCCGACCAGCCGGCCGCGCAUAUCCCCGUCGCCCUUGCCGGGUCGGUGAUCUACCCGUUCCUGAAGCGCGUGACGAAUUUCGCGCUGCUGUAUCUUGCGUUCUUGUAUGUGGCGACGGGCUUCAAUGCGUCAAGGACAGUUGGGUUCGAUAUCCUGGACGCCCCGGACCAUUUACUGGCAAGUAACAUCCUCCUUGCGUGCGGUGUGUUCAUCGCAAACGUCACCGUGGAGACGAUCUACAUGCACGCGGACGUCGAAGACGAUAUCAAGUCCGGCAUUGGGAGCUUGGCGGUGCGGAUCCAGGGGUAUUCGAAGGCUGUGCUGUUUGCUGCGGCGUUUGCGUAUGGGGUUCUUGUGCUGGGGAGUGGGGUUGCGGCGGAGUUUGGGCGGGUGUACUUUUCUGGUGCGGUGAUGAGUGCGCUUACGCUGGUGACGAUCGUGGCGAGGGUGGAUUUGAAGGAUGGGAAGAUGUGUGAGACGUUCUUUUUUGGGGGGAAUGCGGUUGUUAUGGGUCUGCUUGCUGGGGGGUUGUAUGGGGAGUGUGUUGUUUGA